AUGGAAGGAAGGCGUAAUAACAAUGACUCGGGUCGAUCAUCAUAUGGUCGCCAACAAAAUAAUCGAAAUGGUGGUCAUAAAAGGCAUGAAAGGUUUGAAGGACCAAAGAGAGAAGCAAUUCUCAAGCUACAGAACUAUUUGAAUCAAGAAAUAAUUGUGAAUUUAUCAGGUGGACGAGAGGUUGAAGGUAAAUUAACUGGUUUCGAUCAGUUGAUGAAUCUCGUCUUGGAAGACACGGUUGAAAAACUAAGGGAUGUUAAUGAUAGAACAAAAUUCACUGGAAGCACAAGAAAGUUGGGUAAAAUAAUUAUAAGAGGUCCAUUGUUAUUGGCAAUCUCGCCAAAAGAUGGUUUUGAGAUGAUUUCGAACCCAUUCGUGUCUGAGUCGAGUCAAGAGAAGAUUUUAUAG